CACUGAUAAGAACAAACACCCAAAGCUUAGGUCAUGGCAAUCACCAGCUUUAUCUCCACCGCUUCCGCCACCUCCUCCACCGCUUCGAUGGCUCUCUUCUCCCUCCUCGUCCUCAUCCUCGUCCUGAGCUCGAACUGCAUGGACCUCGAGUCUAGCCAUGGUCGACAAGUGCCGAGGGGCGACGUGGAUCUACUGGAGUUUCCCUUGAAUUUGGAGUACUUUGAGGCGGAGCUCUUCUUGUAUGCCUCGUUGGGGUAUGGGUUGGACAAGGUAGCCCCAAACUUGGCCAUGGGAGGUCCAUCCCCAGUGGGAGCUAGGGCUGCCAACUUGGGUCCUCUCCUGAAGGAUAUCAUCUUGCAGUUCGCUCUCCAAGAAGUUGGUCACUUGAAGGCAAUCAAGAAGACAGUGAAGGGGUUUCCAAGGCCACUCCUGAAUUUGUCUGCGGCUUCAUUUGCCACAGUGAUGGACAAAGCAUUUGGUUAUACUUUAAAGCCUCCAUUCGACCCAUAUGCCAAUGAUAUUAACUUCUUGCUUGCCUCCUAUCUGGUCCCUUAUGUUGGCCUCACCGGCUAUGUUGGAGCGAACCCCAAGCUCCAUGGUGCUGUGUCCAAAAGGCUUGUCGCGGGCCUUCUCGGCGUGGAAUCGGGUCAGGAUGCGGUGAUCCGAGCCCUCCUGUACGAGCGGAAAGCUUGGGACGUCAAGCCGUACGGGAUAACCGUAGUGGAGUUCACAAACCGGAUGUCGGAGUUCAGGAACAAGCUUGGGCACGACGGGCUGAAGGACGAGGGCCUCAUCGUGCCCCCCAACCUAGGUGCCGAGGGGAAGAUCAAGGGGAACGUGCUCGCGGGUGACAAGUACUCGGUCGCGUACGACCGGACGCCCGAGGAGAUACUGAGGAUCGUGUACGGGAGCGGCGACGAGAGCGUCCCGGGAGGAUUCUAUCCCAAGGGUGGGAAUGGUCGCAUUGCUAGGUCUCAUCUCCGGUCGGCGUAGAUGAUUUGUAACAAUAAAUGAACAAAUGUGUAGCUUUUGAUUAUGCUAACUCUUCAAGUGAACUUGUGAACGGCUAUGCUGCGAGCCUCCAGUGAAUUAAAGAAAUGAAACUUAUGUUUCUA